AACGGACUCCGCGGUUUUAGUGCCGGUACUCUCGCUGUUGAGCGCAUGACGCACAGCUGCUACGUGGCGGUCAAUGCCACGUGCGCCAAAGCUGCAUGGUCCGCGUGCGGCUACGGCUGGCUGCUACCGACGCCUGUCGCAUCCCUCUGGUGUUUUUGGCUUCUUGGCGGCGGACAGCGGCUGCUGCACGUCCGGACAUCCGACUCUGGCCUCGAGUUUGAUGUCACCAAGAUUCACGAUCCGCUUGCUCAAGGCAAGGCAGUCGCGCUCUCACAACGCAAGUCGUCUACGACGUCGCGUCGGCGGCUGCAACGCUAUAUGAAGCUCGGCGCCAUGUGGGCCGAGUGGCCGUCACUCUCGCACACGCCGCUCACGAUCGCCUUCAAGGUCGCGGGUGGUCCGCCCUGGCUCAACCCGCUCUACUUUUCACUCAACUUUCCCUAUGAAGCGUCCAACGUUGUUUUGGUCCUGCUGUGUACUACCGCUGUGCUGCUCUUAUGGCUCGGGAAGCGGAUCACCCCGAUUUGCGAUCUCUGGCGUAAAAAGUACCUGUACCCAAUGGUAUUUGACGUGCUCUACAUCCCGCUCACAUCGACGCUCGUACGACUUGCCACGUGUCCCGACGGCUACGUCCAGUUUGUGCUACCGGGUGGUGCCACGUGUGCGUGCAUCGAUCAUUUUGGCUACUUUUGGGGAAUCGGUCUCUCUGGAUUUGUCGCGCUGUACUUGUCAGCGCUCCACUACAAAUUGUACACGGAGCCACUGGCAACCACCAUGGACUUUCGCUUUCAGACCAGUUUCCAGAUCAUCAUGGUCAUGGCCCGCACACUCAACCCGAUUGUAUCCAUGCUCGUCAGUCAACUCGAUAUUGAACAUCACCCGGCGAUCGGCAGCGGCAUCGCCCUCGGCUUUCUACUCUGCAUGACGCUGCUCUUUUGCUACAACUACAAGGUUCAGCCGUGCAUUGGCAGCGGUCGCCUGCCCAACAACAUUCGCGCACUCACGUUCAGCAGCGCCAUGUACGCGUCACUGUGCGUCCUCGCCUUUGUCGGUGCGUCGGCACCCAUUCGUCAUCUCUACUACGCGCUGACGCCACUGCCGCUGCUUUGGCUGGGCGUCUGGCGUCUCAACAAUCGACGAGCAUUGCAAUUCCACAUCCCCGACAAGAGCAUCCUCGGGCUCUUGAGCGACGCGUCGUCGUCCGCAUCGCGGGCUGUUGGCACAAUCGCGGCACUCUACAUGGACCCGUCCAAACUCCAUGCGACGCAGUUGGCCGCGGUCGUGGACUCUAUCGAGAAGAUUGCCCAGGGCAAGGAGCUUCGUACACGCGUGCAUGCACUGCGCAUUCUGUGGUUUCUGCACCUCAAGAGCUUUUGCAAGCAGCGCAGUGUCGUCGGUGAGCUGCGACAGGACAUGAUAGUACCGCCGGAGCUCUUUCUCAAAGACAAGGACAACAAAGACCGAAGUUCGCUGCCGCGUCGCGCCGGUACAAGCGUCGACAAGGCCAUCAAGUUGCGUCGACAUCACACCCAGCGCGACGCAGCACAAAGGACGUCUUCGUCCGUGACCGACCUCCACAGCAGCCGGUCGUCGCGACUCUGGAGCAACACGCUCUCGCUAGCCCGCUUAGUUGCGCCCAGCAUGCUAGGCCGAGGUGGGUCGACGGCCGAGGUUGUCGGGGCCGAGUAUGAUGUGGCGCGUUUUGGUGGCAAACAGUGGAUAUCGCGGUCCGAGUCGGGGGCCGAGGCCGUCGCACACUGGACGGACGUCUUUGACAUGGCCCUCAACAUUCUCACGUCCGCCUGUGUUGCCCGGGACCGGUCGGACAUGCACGAAAUUGCAUUGUUUCUGUUGCAAUGGUACCAGACCCGGUACCUUCGACUUUCGAAACCGGUGUUUCUCCAAGUGCUCUCGGCGCUCUGUGCGUCGACGCAUCUCAAGACAGCGGCCGAUGCAACCCAUUCACUGUUCGAUGCAACGAUGGCGGGACAUCUCCCCCUUGGUCUCUGGCUCCGCAACGCGAGCUACCUGCAAGCUUUUAGCGUCGCACUCGAUCAUUCGAGUGAAGUGACCGUCCACAAGUGCGCAAUGAUCCUCACCCUUGUCGUGCAAGCCGCGGACGCGCAGACAAACCCGUUUGUGCUGGUGACCCCCGAGACCAUUGACCGCAUUCAACGUGGCCUUACGCGCUGGCACGCGGUGUAUCGCAUUUCAUCGCUGCUGGAGGUUCUCUGUCUGCGCCUGGUGACGCUCGAGGUACACCACGAACGCAGCGACUUGGUUCGACGAAAUUGGAAGCGCCAAGCAAGCGGCGUGGCCACGUGGCUCCAGCAGCUCACGCGGCGUCGCGUUCACGGUCACUCGGACGGCUCCGACCGGUCGGUGCUGCCGUCGCAGCGUCGUUCGGUGAGCCGUCACCACAGUAUUGCGCGUGGGAAAAGCGACAUCCAUGCAAUCCGGCUCGCCCGUUCGCCGACACUCUCACGCCGCACGAGCGCGGGGUCUGUGGCCCCCGACACGUCGUUCACAACCGCUCGGGCGUCUACACCGUCGUGCACGAUCACGACGUCGUCCGAUACGUCAAGCAAGCACAGCGUCUUGGCGCUAUCCGCCAGUGCAAUCCCGUUGGGCCUCGCGACGGAGAGGCUACCGCGUCACUCAAACCCAGGGUCAGCGGUCGGUAUAACGCACGAAAAGCACGCUACACGCCGCCAUGUGCCGUUGCUGGGACCUACCGUCGGUGCCCUUGCGGCUGCGGGGCCAUCCGUGGCGUCGUUGCAAGCGGCAGUCCGUGACGAUGCGGCGGCGGCGUCAACCCACACACCGUCGCCGCCAACCCACACACUGUCGAUGUCAUCGGUGGAACCGCCGCGUCCAAACGACUUGCGCGUCGAUUAUUUGCUAGACAACAUGGCGCUCCGUUCCGUGUCGAAGCACGGCCGAUGGUCGGGGUCGGACAAGUUUACGUUUGUGCCGCCGGCCAUUCUCGCCGAAGUCGAACGCCGUCGGUCCACGCGGCGUCAGUUUCUCAGUCUUUUGCACCAAGCCGUUGGGUGCCAAGUGAACCAGCGCCCGCAUGACUUUUGUGUCGCAAUCUCCAACCUCGCGCUCCUCUACACGACGGCAGAUGCGUGCGCUUUGGGUGACUUUCUCGAGACAGAGCUCUCGCCAGAGCUGCGGGCCUUUUUCCAUAUGCACGUGACACCCGUCUUGGCGCUCGCGACAGCGGCAACGAGCCGACGACGCCGAUGGCCGUGGGGACGGUGAGUCGCAUAAGUGCAAACAAACAAAAAACCUUCGCUCGCCACAGGGAUUAGCGAUCCACGUUGAUAUAGCUGACGGUUCAGACACUA